CUUUGGCUGUCCGGGCAUGCUGGGAGUUGUAGUUUUGCAACGCAUCCUCGUUGGGAAGCACUGCAGCGGAACGCAACCCCCUGAAGCCUAACAGGAGCCAGGUGAUUGACAGCCCCGGGGCCCCGCCCACCAGACCGCCUCCUUUUCUCCCCGCUAUGUGAGAGGCUGCUGGCAGUGCCCGUGUAGUCUGUGCCCUCCCCCUCGCGGAAGUCGUGGCAGCAUGGCGGAGGCCAGCAGUAACGCAGAAGAUAUCAAAGACUGCAUCUUGGAAUCCCUUAUAUUGCCAGAAAGUCUCAGUACUGACUCUAACCAAGUGGAAAAUGCUUUGCUGCCUUGUAUGUUUUGUGGACAGUCAUACAGAGAGGAAGAGAAGGAUGGACUUCUCAAACACAUGAUUAUUGAUCAUAAACUGGUCAUUGCUGAUGUCAAAUUAAUAGCAAAUUUCAGAAGGUAUAUUCUAUACUGGAAAAAAAGAUUUACAGAGCAAUCAGUCGCAGAUUUUUGUUCAGUAAUAAGAACCAAUUCUCAAGCACCAGAAGACCAGCAAGAAAACUACUUUUUGUUGUGUGAUGUUUUGCCAGAAGACCGGAUUCUAAGGGAAGAACUUCAGCAAGAAAGAUUGAAAAAGAUUUUGGAGCAGCAGCAACGUGAAAGAUCAGACACAGCUUUUCAGAGAUUGUGCAUGUUUUGCAAUGAAGAAUUUAAAGGAAACAGAUCAGUUUUGUUCAAUCACAUGAACGAGGAGCACUCUUUUAAUGUUGGACUGUCAGAUAAUAUUGUGUACUGUAAUGAAUAUCUGGACACUUUACAGGAGAAGAUUGACCGGUUGCAAUGUUUGUAUUGUGAAAAAACCUUCAGAGACCAAAAUACAUUAAAGGAUCACAUGAGAAAAAAGCAACAUCGCAAAGUCAAUCCCAGGAACCAUGAAUAUGACCGCUUUUACAUAAUAAACUAUUUGGAAUUAGGGAAGAGUUGGGAGGAGGUACAAUCUGAAGAUGAUCGUGAAUUGUUGGACAGCAAUGAUGAUGAUUGGUCUGACUGGGAAGAGCACCCUGUGUCUGCAUUUUGUCUGUUUUGUGAUAAACAUGCGGACACAACUGAGAAACUUCUCUUUCACAUGAAGGACUGUCACCACUUUGAUCUUCACAAAAUAAAAACAGACUUGGGACUGAAGUUUUAUCAGCAAGUCAAAUUAGUGAAUUUUAUUAGAAGGCAAAUCCACCAGUGUCGAUGUCAUGGCUGUCAGGAGAAGUUUCAGUCAAAAACAGAAUUAAUAGCACACAUGGAAAAAGACAACCAUAUAGGCAUUCUUCCCGAGAGAUCAUUGUGGGAUCAACCUCAGUACUACUUUCCUACCUAUGAAAACGAUUCUCUCCUGUGCACUUUAUCUGACAGUGAGGAGGAGUUAAGCGCACAAGACCAGAAUGAAGAGAUCCCAGUUAUUGGGGAAGAUCUCACAAGCCUUGAAGCAUUAAAGAAAAGCAGCAUUUUAAACCAACUUGUACGUGACAUGACCUAAUAUGGAGUAUAUGAAAUUCUCAUAUUCCUGAUAUCUGGAUAUUAAGGAUUAUAGUAAUACACAAUGUAACAAAAAGACAUUUCAGGUGUUCUACAUCAUAUAGAUUUUUCUUUAUUUCAUAUUUCACGUGCUCCUGUAUAAUAAAAGCUGCAUGCUGUGUA